CCCUCACGGCGCGCAACGACCUCAAUCCGUCCCUUCCCACUCUACCACACUCCACCCCAGCUCAAGGCGCCGUGCAAAUGCGGUCGUCAAUGCACUCACACUCGUUGUCUCCUUCCCUUCUGUACGCCUAAUACCAUGGAGCUGCAACAGUCCACACCGCCGCCGCCCCUGCAAUACCACCAUCCGUCCGACCUCGCCUUUCCCUCCGUCCCCCAAACCGCACUGAGCCGCCCGCAAGUCCAGGCCGAAAUCACCCUGCCUGACCUCCGAACCGUCCUGUCUCCCGACUUCGAGAACAUCGCCCGUUAUGCACCCCCCGUAUCGCCCACCUCGGUGAGAAGCCUGCCUCGCAUGGACCCCGGUCCUGCACUUUUCAAUGGAGCUCGGUCGAGCAUGGAGUCGGCGAUAGCCAGCCCAUCGGAGGCUGGCAGUGUUAUGAGCAUUGACGACAGACGGGGCGCGCGGUCUACAAGUGUUGUUUCCAUUGACGAUCCGAAUGUCCGCAUGGCGGCCGAGGCCUUGUCAGGGCUGGGCAAUCCAGAUCGGACCAGAUCACAUGGCAGCUCUACUGCAGCACGUGAUGAUCACGAGGGCCCGGAACCUCUGCUCCAACUCUUCACGCGAGCGCAUCCGUGGGUAGGGGGGACGAUCAACGGCUCACUCAACGCAUACUCCACUACCAAAUACUACUCCCCUCGACUCGUGCAGUACGGAGCGAACCUGGUGGAGAGAAACGUCGGUGGACCGGUUGCAAGCACUGUCAGCACGGUCGGCCGAGUGACCGGUAUUGAGAGUGGCCUUCGGUGGUACUACGGCGGCUAUGCCAAUGGAACGCCAGAUCUUGAACGAGCAAGCGAAGACUCCACGGGCGCACGGAGAAGACUGGACGAAAUGGAUCUCGAAUCGGGCACGCGAAGCUCGAGCAGCAAUUUGCACAGAGAGUCUGAAGAAUCCACUCGCGAGCCUCUGCCAGCGUAUGGAUCGAGCAAGCCGCCUUCUUACCGAGAGGAAGCCAGCCCCAUCCGAAACGAUCGACAGCCCCAGAGUUGGUCAUCGCAGGUGUUUGUCAUGACCUCCGGCCUCAGCAUUGCGCUGAGCGACACUUCUCGAAGCAGUCUCCGCUACUGUCUCCAACUACUCAGCAACUCAGCCGAACGCGUCUCCAUUCUAAUGCACGCGCUCAAGAUGGUGCUCGAACAAUACGACCAAGCCCGAGAUGCCUUCCACUCCACUCACGACUCGAGCAUUGAAAAAGGCGAGCGCCCGCAAACACCAGACCAAGACCAAGAUGCGCGACGCCUCGCAGAACUGCUCAAGAAGCACUCCGACGACAUCUGGCAGACUCUGCAGACGGUGGUAAAUAACAUUUCCAGCUACGCAGGCGGCGCCUUGCCCGACAAUGCGCGUCAAUUCGUGCGCAACCAACUCAUGUCGCUGCCUCAACGCUGGCGCUUCGUCUCCGACAAUCAGAUGGGCGACAGCGAGACGAGUCGCAGCGCGCAUCGCAUGAUAGCUUUUGCUACUGAAGGUCUCGACAUGAUGGCGCAGGUCAAUCAGACGAUGAAGCUGACACUGGACUCGGCGGAGAAGUGGCUUGCCCGCACGGGCAGGCACUCACAUGUUGUAGAUUCUCCGCACGGGAUGGAAAAGGACGUGGAGAUGGGAGGCGUCGAUACGCGGUCGAGAUCGAACGAAAAAAGUUGAGGCGGGUGCUCCUUGAAUGAUUAUGCAGCUUGGAGUCUGGGUUGGGUGGAGGGACAGAAGCGUGCAUGUCGUGGGCCAUUCGCGAGACGCAUUGGUCUAAUGUCCUGGGAGAGCAGUACCGUUCACGGCGCCGAAGGUGUUGGAGAAGGAAUGCCGUACCCUGAGCGCUUACAUAUUGUAUUCAUACACUGUAUCAUCGUGUCACUACAUUGAAUCACCCUGUCACCACGUGUAGAUGGUAGGGCGGUCAAGUAGUGGGGUCGCCGAAACAGGCAGGUACAGCAUCUUCCCCAG